AUGUGUUAUAUUCUUCAAUAUCUGUGUUUCUGUUGUGAAGAGGAGAACGAGACUAAACUGAAACGCAAGAAGAGGACAGAGAGACGGAAGAAGUUGAUGAAUGAGUUGACGCACUCGACCCCCAAAUGGCCGCUCUUUGUAGAGCCCAAUGACAUCGACUCCAAGGAGAUGACGGAACAGAUAUAUAGAGUGCCCCAAGACUUCAAGACAGUGGACGACGUGUUCAAAGACGUGGGCUAUGAGAUAACCGGACAGUUAGGGGAGGGCGGGUUCGCCACCGUAUUAAAGGCCCGUCACAUUGAGAAACACCUGCGAGUGGCCGUUAAGAGGAUAGUAAUACCCGUGGAGUUGACGGGACGCAGGCGACAGACGGCUAUCACGGACAUCAAGAACGAGUUGUUUGUGUUGAGGACCUGUAGGCACCCCCACGUCAUCCAAAUGAUGCGCAACUUCACGAUCGUGUCGUUCAACGAGAUGACCAUUUAUGUGGUCAUGCAGUUGGCCAAAAACUUCAUUUCAUAUGUAUUAAUGGAAUUUAAGGGAAGGGAAAGGGAUUCCCGACACCCAACUAUGAGGCCCUAUAUAUUGCCAAUAGUUUUGGCCACUUGUAUGGCCAAUACUAACGGGCAGUAUAUCGAUAAGACGACUCGUCAUACAAUCGACGGUUCCGUCGACUGUUUCGACAGUAAAAGCGAAACCAUUUAUGAGUAUAAGUUUGAGACGAUUGACGGCAAGAAAAACGUGUCGAUGAGUGAGUACCGCAACCAUACCCUACUCAUCACAAAUCAAGAGCCGGGAGCCGACGCUCAGGAGAUCAUGAAUGGCUUGAAGUACGUGCGUCCGGGCAAUGGUUAUGAACCCAAAUAUAUUUACACCAAAAAGAUUGAAGUGAACGGUCAGAAUGAAGACCCCCUCUUCUCGUAUCUCAAACGGUCGUGUCCGACAACCCAACAUGACUUUGCGAGUCGUGAGUCCCUAUUCUAUGACAAACUCUAUGAACGGGACAUUCGCUGGAAUUUUGAGCUCUUUUUGAUACACCCGUUGACUGGAAAGCCUGUCAAACGAUAUGAUGCCAGUUAUGACCCAAUGAAGACCGUCGAUGACAUUAAGAAGAUCAUUGACUUACACGAGGAAUAAGCUGUUGCCACACAAUCUUUUCAAAUAAUUUUCUAAAUGUUUUGCAUGUAAUUAAUAGUUUAUAUACAAAUUAAUGACGAAUUGUUUUCAAAGACUUACCACAAGUAGGAAAUAAUUUCGAUGAACGACACAAACGAAUGGAUUAUUGGUUACUAACCAUUAGUUAUGAUAAUCAUUAUUAAACAUCAAUGAGUGCAUUAAUUAUUAUAGCCAAAGUUGUAUCAGUUGUCUAUUUGUUAGUCGUUUUGUAUAAUUAAUUAUUGAUUCAUUAAAACAAAUGAUUAAAUUUUCAAUUACAAC